CAAGUUAGCGGUAUAUGUUCUAGUUAGCUAAAACUAUUCUGGUGGAUACAAAAUACUUUGUAUUUCCAGUCUUGCAUUGAACAUCCAUUUUGUGUUCUGUAUUCAAUCUCAGUGAAACAAAAGAUUCAAAAUCAUUUAUUUUUUAAGUGUGUGAUAUAAUUGCAUUAUCUUAAAGGCACUCCUUUCUCAAUAAUGUAAUUCUCCCAUCAUGGUUAAUCAUUUGCUGGGUUCUUAUUGCAUGACAGCUUCCGAAACACUGAGAUAUGACAUUGUGUAUGUGUAUAUAUAAUCAGAACCCAACAAGGAUUCAGUUUUAGAAGUAGUACAGGAGCAAUUGAGAGGAUGAUCAUGAAGGUGAGCAUUGUGGCCCUGAUGGCAUUUCUGGUGUCCCGGGCUCAGGCAUUCUUAUCAGUUGGGGGUAACGGAAACACUCAUGUGACCAUUACUGGAAGUGCUGUAAUGGCAAAGAUCUAUGAGGUGUGUGAAGCAGUGGCUGAAAAUGAGGGAAGAGAAUUCAAACCAACAGGUUCGUCAGCAGAAGAGCUGCUACAUGCCUGCCUGGGUACGGCAACGGGUGAGGUUUCAGGUGCCAAGUUUCGUACGGCUCUGAAUCAGAUCUACAUGCAGAACAGCUAUGUGGACCGUGACUUGAUGGGCAGUGCACCACACCACUUCAAUAACGAGGCCUUUGGCGAGGGACGCAACCUUAUCACUCGGGGGACAGCAGCCAUUAAAGCUAAUGUCCACACUAACAACCUUCAAUCUGCCCGAGAGACACUGGGGCGAGUGUGUCACACACUGCAGGAUUUUUAUAGCCACAGUAACUGGGUUGAACUAGGUAACAAAAGUCCAUAUGCCAUCCUCAUCAGACCAGAUCUCACCAUUGAGAACAUUGCAGAUGUUACAAUGCCAACAUGCAGUGACUGUGCCAGUGGCAAAUGUCCAAACCCGCUUCUGCCUGCCAUUCUGAACGGGAGGUAUCUCACUUCGGGAUACAUGGGCUUGUUCUCUUCUGACAAACCUCAGGGUAAAUGUAGCCAUGGUGGGGAUACUGAUCUCAGCAGUAGCCAGAAUCCUCGUGGUGGGAUCAAUAAAGAUGAGCGCCUUCCCUAUAAUGCUCAUCUACACAAUACUGCUGCAAACCUGGCAUCUGAGGCCACCCUGGACCUGCUAGAAGAUAUCCGUGGUGCCAUAGGAAACAAGGACUACCUUCGGCUGAUGGGUAUCGCACGAUCUGCAGUGCUGGUCUUUGUCAUUGACACUACAGGCAGUAUGUCACAAGACAUUGCAGAGGCCAAAAGAGUCACUUACAACAUCAUCGACAGUAAGAAAGGAACUCAAGAUGAACCAUCUGAAUAUAUUUUGGUGCCGUUUAACGAUCCAGAUUUUGGACCCCUAAUAAGGACCACAGACCCAGAUGUGAUGAAGUCUGAGAUCUCCAAGCUCAGCGCUACAGGGGGUGGGGACAUCCCAGAAAUGUGCCUGUCAGCAAUUCAGUUGGCUCUGACAGGUGCUCCAUCCUCCUCGCAAAUAUACGUGUUCACAGAUGCCCCAGCUAAGGAUACGUUCCUAGAGAAAACCAUCACCGCCCUUAUCCGCAGCACCAAGUCAACGGUGUCUUUCUUAAUGACAUCAGCAAUGAGGAAGAAAAGGGAGUUGCCACGCUCACAGUUUCAGAUAUAUUAUGACAUGGCCUUGGCCUCUGGGGGUCAAGCCAUUGAAGUCUCAAAGUCCCACCUCUCUCAAGCCACUGACAUCAUUGUUGACACCUCUACUUCUGCCUUGGUAACAAUUUUGCAGUGUUCCAGGAAUCCAGGACGUGUAGAGAGUUUUCCCUUCCUGCUGGAUGAGUCUAUGUCUAACACUACCAUCUACAUCACAGGGACUGACCUCAUAUUCACCCUUUACAGCCCCACAGGUGUGUCUCAAGCUAACACGGUUGCCAGUGGACCUCUGGGAAUAAUUCAGAAAGUGGGAAACCUGCAACGAAUCCAACUGACCGGAACUGACAUGGGCCUGUGGAAUAUUGACAUGAAGUCAACAGGGUCCUACACCAUAAAAGUAAUUGGUCAGAGUGCGAUUACAUUCAUCUAUGACUUUGUAGAGGAAUUCAAAGGACCACAUCCUGGAUAUGCUGUCAUUGAUGGACGUCCACCAGCAGGAUUACCAGCUAAGCUGUUGCUAAUGCUGACUGGAGAGAAAGGUCCAGAGGUUCUGGAGGUGCAGGAGGUUGCUCUCGUAGACGUGUCAAGGCUCAGAGAGUCUAAUGGAACAAUAGAGAAAAUGGGUAAUGGAGAUUUCCUAGUUACUGUGAAAGAAGUACCAGAGGGAGAGUUUGUGGUGUUGCUGAAGGGAAGAGACACAACCUCCUCUAGCCUUUUCCAGAGGCAGAGCACCACACAGAUGUCUCAGUCCAAAGUCAACAUUAAGGUACAAACUGACAGCUCCAUGCAGCCAGGACAAGAAUUUAAACUAAAUUUUACUGUAACAACCAAUGGAACUGGUGGUGCCUACACAAUUCGUGCAAGGAACGACAAAAGCAUCCCUAUGAACUAUCCAUCAACGCUUACCCUUGUAAGCGGAGGAAGUGCUCAAGGGACAGUGUCUCUAACUCCUCCUGCAAACACUGUCUCAGGCACAGACGUUACUCUCACUAUGGAGGCAGAGGGCCCUGGAGGAAGUGACUCUAAUUAUGCUGUGCUUCGCCUUUCUGUCCUCUCUAAGGUGACCGACUUCACACCUCCAAAAUGUGAAUUGGUCGGUGUUCAGGGCAAUUGCUCCUCCUCCUCUUGCAGCUCAUCAAACUGGGAACUGUCUGUCAACAUCACAGAUGGUAAUGGCACAGGUAUCGAGAGAAUUACCAUCCAGCAAGGCAGUGGAAACCUCACUCAGAAUGAAGUGUUAGACGACAAUGUAACCGUGGUCAUGGGUCUAUACGAGGCCUCAUGUUGCUCACCUUCUGUGACUUUGUCUGCAGUCGACAAGGUGGGGAACGUUGGCAGAUGCACUUACACAAUGGAGACCAGUGCAGGCUCUCCGCGCGUCAGCAUGUCCCUCCCUCUGUGGGCAUGCCUGCUUAUAUCCGCUAUGAUUUUGCUAUGUGAUGCCUUCUCUCUUUGGUGAUUCAGAGCUCUUCCAACCAAAUACAAAAGCAUCCUAUCCAUUGCUUAAUCUUGUCUUAAACAUACAAAUAAAUGUGUUUGCUAAUAUAGAAUUUUACCAUUAUUUCUGACCAGAUAAAGAAAGAUAUAAAAUAGUUUAUAUGUUGAGGCAAGUUUAAUAUUAAUGCUGACUCAUAAACAUCUGCGAUGACUUCUACUAUAAAUACACUUUGAAAAAAACAUGGUUUGACAGCUUGAAUGUACUGUACAACAGUAUUUAAAAUAAAACCUUAAGUAAAAGUUAUACUGUAGGCCUAUAGAGUAUUUUUGUAUAUAUAAACUAUAAACAGACUACUGGUAAAAUGCAUGUGGUCACAUACUAAAAUGUGUUAGCCUUCAUAGUGUUUUUAUUUGCUUUGGAUGAGAUGGUACAUGUUAUCACGUAAAAAUGCAAUCUCUAAGACAAUCUAAAGCAGCAAUUCAAAUGUAAAAAUAUUAACUGCAUUAUUAAAAAAAAAAACAAAUUC